CACGCAAUGACGUCUUUGCUAUCACGUAUCUUGAAGUUUUCUUUAUUCGUGUGGCAUUGUUUUACGAAAUUAGUACGGAUUGUUUGGAAAAAUGGAAAGCGAAGAAAACAGUGGAAAGGGAAAACAAAAAAGAGGAGCGAACUUCAGCCUCAGCGACCGCAAAAACUUGUUGAAACUGUCCAACAAAUUUAAGGCAGUGAUAGAAAAUAAAAAAACGGAUGGAGUUACUUGGAGACAGAAGGAAGAAGCGUGGAUAAAAAUUGAAAGAGAAUUCAACUCAUUUACAACAGGAGUGCCACGAACAGCAAAACAGCUAAAAACAAAGUAUGAGGCCAUUAAGAAGGAGCUGAAAAAAAAAUAUAGCAGCCAUAAGUGCUAUAUGCUUGGAACAGGUGGUGGUGCUUCAAAAGAAGAACCCAAACCUGAGACUGAAGAAGAGAAGGAACUAUUACAAACUAUCAUAGUUUCUGUUGAGGGUCUUCAGUCUCAAUAUGAUUCAGAUGCCAUAGCAGGAAAGUUCUGUUUUUUUAUUUUUACCUUUGGAUCAUGCUUAAUUUGA